UUCUUUGAAAGAAAUCCAUGAAUAUCAUCUACCUACCUCUUUCUUGCAAGCUCGCCAAUCCUUCUUUUCGAAAUAGCAGUCAGUCAACUUAGCAUUCUCAUCUGCUCCAAUUAGUUGGCGUUUCAAUAUAGGACGGCAUUAGCGUGUUCUCGGAUUCGUACCUGCGCAUCCUGUGCUGAAGAUCCUCUUGUCCCUAAAUUAUUAGGCAAGAAAGUGUCAGCCUACGAGGAUCGAUAAGGCAGAUUUUGUUAAAGCCUACCAUUCAUCCGGCUCGUCAUCAUCUUGAGCGGCGCUGCUCUGUUGACUUGUAUUUUCAUCCUUAGACAUUGUGUUGGAUGUUCUUUUUUGGUUGAGCGCGUGAUCCGGGCGUUGCGACUUUAGGGGCUAAAUCCCGCUAGAGGGGCGGUGAAAAGGUGGAAAUUCGGGCAUCCGGUCGGCGCUGGAAUUACCUCAUUGAGCCUCCUUAAGGCCGUCCACAAAAUCCCUCCCUUCGGACUGUCGGCGCCGAAAUUAACCAAACUUCGCUCAGUAUGACGUCGCGCAAACUCAAUGUACUGGUUUAUACGGGUACAGGGUCGACGGUUGAGUCCGUCAAGCACGCAAUCUAUUCUCUACGCCGACUUCUCUCGCCAAACUACGCAGUCAUCCCUAUUACGGAGACGGUCCUUCUAAAGGAACCGUGGGGGCCUUCAUGCGCGCUGCUCGUUUUCCCAGGCGGUGCUGAUCUUGGGUACUGCCGGGUGCUCAAUGGCGAAGGUAACUCAAUCAUAUCUGAGUAUGUACGCCGGGGUGGUUCGUAUCUAGGUUUCUGCGCUGGUGGCUAUUACGGAUGCAAGAAAUGCGAGUUCGAAGUUGGCAACAAGGCCAUGGAAGUCGUCGGAUUUAGGGAGCUAGCAUUCUUCCCUGGAACUUGCAGAGGAGGCGCAUUUAAGGGGUUCCAAUACCACAGCGAGAAGGGCGCACGCGCUGUACGAGUGAACGUUAUGAAAGAUGCAUUCAGGGGAGCAGGCCUAGUCCCCGAAGUCUUUACAUCUUAUUACAACGGUGGUGGCGUUUUCGUCGAUGCCAAAGACGAGAAUCACAACGUCGAGGUAUUAGCAAGCUAUGCGAGUGAGCUAGACGUCGGUGGUGGUGCUGAAAAGGCCGCUCUGGUGUACUGUAAAGUUGGUCAGGGCGCCGCGAUCCUUACUGGGCCGCACCCCGAGUUUGCUGCAGCAAAUUUAAGCCCGCAACAUAGCGUUGAAGGAUACGAUGAACUUAUCGCUGCCCUCCGAGCCGACGAUGAUUCACGCACAAGCUUCCUAAAGGCAUGCUUAACUAAACUUGGGCUAGAAGUUAACCAGGAAUCAUCAGGUGUGCCGUCCCUCUCACGACUUCAUCUAUCGUCUAUCUCCAGCAGUGAUGUCGAUGACCUACUGUGCUCAUUAGAAGAAAUCAUCAGUAAGGAGGACGGCGAGGAGUACAUCCGAGCAGAAAACGACACAUUUCAUUUACAGAAGCCUGAUACUAUGUGGUCUGUCACCGGAUUAAAAGAAGCACUAACACCCAGUGACAGUCCAGAUCAAAAGUCGCCUGACCUGAGCGGCGGGGGUAUGAUUGAUUAUAGUACCAUUAUCAAGCGUAUUGUGACGCAUGAAAAUGCCUGGCCGGAAGCUAAAGCAACUCCGUACUUCAACCACAACGCAUUUUAUUCCAGCUUGCAAGAAUAUCGCCGGUUAAAGCCAGAGGCAGAGGAAUGGGGCGACUUUUUCAUGUAUGGUGAGGUCGUCACGAGUACCAAUACACUUCUCGAGAAAAACUUCAAGCUACUUUCUAAAUUACCAUCUGGUUUUACGCUAGCGGCGACGACUCAAGUCGCGGGAAGAGGGCGUGGAAGUAACGUCUGGGUGUCGCCAGCCGGAUCACUCAUCAUGUCUACGGUCAUUAAUCACCCAGCUCAUCUCGCACCAAGUCGGCCCAUCGUCUUCAUCCAAUACUUAGCCGCCAUUGCUAUCGUUCAGGCAGUUAAGUCCUAUGAUCGAGGAUACAGUGAAGUGCCCGUGAAGCUGAAAUGGCCCAACGAUAUAUAUGCACUAGAUCCAAGGCAGCCUUCGUCGUCUCCUCCAUCUUACGUAAAAAUUGGCGGUAUCUUAUCCAAUUGUUCUUACUCUUCGGGGUCAUACCAGAUCGUCCUCGGUAUCGGGAUUAACGCCACCAACGGACGCCCUACAACAUCUCUCGACGCCCUGCUCCCUUCACAUCUGGCGUCAUUCCGGAUUGAGAAGUUAAUGGCAGGCAUUCUGACACACCUAGAAGCUCUGUAUAAGGCGUUUAUCCGAAGGGGUUUCACAAGGGAUAUGGAGGGCGAGUAUUAUAAACACUGGCUUCACGGAAGACAGAUUGUCAACCUCGAAGCCCAAGGAGGGGUCAAGGCUCGGAUUGUAGGCAUUACACGAGAUUGGGGCAUGUUAAGAGCAGAAGAAUUAGGAAGUGAUGGCAAGCCAACAGGGAAGAUAUGGGCCCUGCAGAGUGAUGAGAAUAGCUUCGAUUUCUUCAGGGGGUUGGUGAAGAGAAAGAUCUGAAUUUUGCGUUCAAACACGAUGUUGUUACAACUAUCCAAGGCUUGUCAUAAGUUAUCAUAUGUACAUAUCCUUCGGUUAUAUCACUAAAUCAGUUUUCGAUAUACAACCAGCGACGAGAUAUAGAAUAUUACGGCUUUACUAAAA